UGGCGAUCGACAUAGAAUUCGAAUUAGCAAUGGAGAGUAUUUGGCAACUGAUUAAUGAGUGGGAAAUCCAGUUGCUUGUGCUUCUCAGCUUCAUCCUACAAGUAUUCCUGUUUUUUACUGGCAGCCUUCGGCGAUGUAGCACCAACGGGCUGCUUAGGGGCACCAUUUGGAUAGCAUAUUUGGGAGCAGACGUGGUAGCAGUUUAUGCCCUUGGGUUCCUCUCACGACAAGAGGAUGCCUCCAUGGACAGUGGUACAGUAAGAACUCACCCCAUAGCUUUCUUUUGGGCACCCUUCCUCCUUAUUCAUCUUGGGGGACAGGACACAAUCACCAGUUUUGCCAUAGAGGACAACAACUUGUGGUUGAGGCAUCUCUUGAAUCUGGUAGUCGAGGUGACCCUAGCCCUGUAUGUAUUCUGGAAAUCUAUCGGUUGGCACAACGUUCAGCUUCUUGUUCCGGGCAUCUUUGUGUUUGUUGCAGGGAUUAUCAAGUAUGGAGAGCGGACAAUGGCUCUCAGGUACGGGAGCUUAUACAAUACUAGAUCAGCAGACAAUUCCUUUUUCAAUGAGAAGAUUCCACAACUGGGUCUGGAUGAUGGACAUUACGGUUUUGUCUGUUUUGCUUUGCUAUGGGCUUCAGCAAUCCGAAUGUUGUUUGCAAGGCGUAUGACCUACGACAUAGACAAUCAAUUUGAGGUGCCGCCUCGUAUGAAUGCACUUUUUUUCUUUGAUGAGUAUACCACUAACACGCUUGAUCACAGGCAGUUGGUCAAGUUGUUAGAUGUGGAACUUGGUAUAAUAAUGUACAAUGAUCUCCAUACUAAGGCUGCAUUGCUGCGCAAAAGGAGUGUCAUUGUACUCCGGUGCAUCUCUCAAGUGUCUGCUAUUGUUGCUCUUGUGCUCUUCGCUAUUAGCAACAGACAAGCAGAUAGAUAUGGCAGAGCUGACAUUGCAAUCACCUACACCUUAUUUAUCGGAGGUUUCCUUCUAGAAGUUUGUGCAGUGAUUACGAUGUUGGCGUCGCCUUGGACAUGGGCAUGGCUGGAGACUCGAGGGUACCGAAGGCUCGCUCACAUGUCCAGGUCUCUUCUCUCCAGCAAAAUGUUUGGAUGGCCGGAGACAAGGCCGUUGUGGUCAGGAACAAUGGGGCAGUACAGCCUUUUAAGCUAUAUAGGCUACGACGAGCCAGCAAGUCUCUCCCAACGAGUGAUGAGCAUGAUCAGGAAGAUGGCGAGAGCAUUCGGCAUUGGAGAGGCGAACAGGCUGUUUUGGGUGAGCAAGUUGUUGAACACCAAGAACGAGAAGGUGGAUGACAAGAUCACACAGUUAUUCGUGGAGGAGAUUCGACAUCUCAGCCGUGGUGGCCAACGGCAGUGGCGACAUCUCCGUCCAUUCUUGAAGGAAAUAAUAACAGUAAAGACGGAUUUUGUUAGUUCCAUUUCUUUGUUGCAUCUAAUAACAGAGAUUAACUUAAACGAGGUGUCAGCAUCCAGUGCCGCCGGCAUCGGCGGGGAUUCUGCUGCUUUGGCCGACGUCUGCCGGAAGCUGUCCAACUAUAUGUUCUACCUUCUUGUUGCACACCCAGCUGCUGCUUCCAUGUUACUGGUGGCUGGCAGUCCUGAAGCCGCGAUAGAGAAAGUUCGUAAGAAUCUUGUGCCUGUGGUGAGCAGCAACAAGGACGCCAUUCUUCAUGCAGCCAGCGUGGAACUCCGAAAACAUGUUGAGUUACCUUCGACCGAGCGGCGCGAGGAAACGCUGGAGGAGCUGAAAAAUAUGUGGGUGAGGCUCCUUGUCUACGCCGCCGGCAAGUCACGCCCGGAGGCGCACGCGGCACAGCUGGCCAGAGGAGGGGAGCUCAUCACCUUCGUCUGGCUGCUCAUGGCCCAUUAUAAUCUCGGGGAUUGCGCGAAUGAGCGGGUCGAGCUUACACAAGCACGAGCGAUCGAUCCGGCCAUACCUCCCCGAGUACUUUGCGCCUUCAAUCUCUAAGCGAUCGACGACAGCGAUUAACAGGCUUGGGUUGGGAGCACACGGACGCCAUCGUAUCAAAUGCAUCAACCUGCAGAUCCUGGAGGAAAUUGACUAUUUGCCAUCAUAAAAGAUGGGCUUCGACGAUUUGCCACCGUAAAUUUUGGCUUCGACGAUUUGCCGCCGAAAACAUUAGCCAUCUUGA